UCGAGCUACAGCGCCCCCUGGAUACUGGCUUUGCCGCGUGUGCGCCGUUAAAAUGUCACCCUGUCGCGUGAGUGCGAGUUAUUCGACGAGAGAUGUAUCCAAGAACGAUCUUUUGGAGAAGGCUCAACUCGCUGAUAACUCUGCACCUGUGCACAAGGCAAAUCCAUUAGAUGAAGUCGUCUUCCCAGUGGCAGGGAUGAGCUGCACACCACAAGAAGUCUUGGACAAAUUCAAAGACAGAAUGACAGUGCAGGAACGUCGAGAAAUAUUGAAAAUCAAUGAAGUUUAUUAUUUCAAGAUUCGUUCUGAACGAAAUGGCCCUUCCAAUAAUGGCUACGAUGACAUCAACGACCACUACAUUCCGAUCACGGAUGAACACUUGGUGUACCGCUUCCAAGUACUGAAUGUGAUUGGGAAGGGGUCCUUUGGGCAGGUACUCCGAUGCCUGGACCACAAGACGAAAAAAGAAGUGGCCAUCAAGAUGCUAGCGAACACUUCUACCAACAACAUUCAGAAAUGCAGAAUGGAGGCGCAUAUCAUGAAUGCGUUGCAGUCCAAGGACACAGAAAAUAACUGCAUUAUUAGAUUUCUCGGACACCUUCUGUUCAGACGUCAUCCCGCCUUCAUUAUGGAGCUCAUCACGUAA